AUGUGUGCCCUUGACUCCAACACAUUAGAAGAUGCAUGUCAACGCGACAAGCCCUUCGUGUCAGACGAGGAGAUGCGGCUCCGCACGCCCCGACCGGAUAUCCUGUCAGCACCGCCAUACAAUCCCUAUUAUGACAUCUUGAGGGAGGCUGAGACUAAGUUCCCGGUUCACCCAAGCAACAGCAUCGUGGGUGUAGCUGACACCAUCUCUGACAUUGAUAACAAUGACCUGGACAGCGGCAAGCAGAAUUACAGGCCUCCAAGCUCCUGGUCUACUGGAACUGGACGCAAGUUCCGGAAUAAGCCAAGGGCAAACACCCUCAGCAUCUCCAACAGACAGUCUGAUAGCCUCGACGAAGCUGCCUCACAGGAACCUGACGCAGAGUAUAGACCAACACCCAGCACUAACUUCUCACAGACGAAAUCAGUACCAUCUGUUACCCCGCCCUCCAUCGAACUGAUCCCACCUGCAGCUCCAACAAAGGAAACUAAUGUAGAAGAUUCCAAUGUUCAACCUACUGCUGAUUCCGUCUUCAAGUUCAUCAAACGAUUCGACCCCACAUCUCCUGAUGUACAACACCAAACUGCGAUGUCGAAAUCCGAGAUAUUAGACUUAAAUAAACAACUGCCAGAUGGACCAGCUACUUCAGAAGAAGAAAGAACUCCCAGAAAAAAUAAGAACUUCGGCAACAAUUUGAAUACCUUCCAAACCGAAAACGACAAGUCAUUCUCUGCUAGUCCGAAAUUCGACUCUGUCAAUGUUAAGCCUACUGUAGCUCCUCAAGAAGAAGCACCUAAAGGUGAAAAUAACAAUGGUAUUCCAGAACCUGAGAGAGAACUCCAGCCUCCAAAGGUUGACCCUCCGACGCUUCCAUCAACAACCGUAGGCCCACCGAUCUACUAUGAAUGGAAAUGGGCAGUCCCUGCCUUCGAUCUGGUACCUCCAAAAGAAGACAACAGGACUAACAGUAUAAAUGUUCAGCAGACGAGGUCGAUCCAACAGGGAAAGAGUCCGUUCAGCAGCGUGACGAGACCUGAGCCAAAGACGACGACUCCUGAACCAAGCAACACGGAGUACAACAUCAGCUCUUACUUCGUUCCCGAUUACGUGUUUCCUUUAGAUAAGCCGCACCCAGGAUACGAGAGUGAUGAUGCUGAGACGUCAUUUCAAGUGAGGGUGGCGAGGCCUGGGAGACAGAGCUAUGGGGAAAACCCCAAAUGUCCUCAGUGCCACCCUGCGUACCUCAAAGAAGGAACUUGUGAACCUUGCAUCGUAAAGCGGUAACAAAUAUAAUAUAGUCGUAAUUUUAAGUCCGUUACAUUGUCACCGAAGAAAUAUAGAUAAUAAUAAUCACGUUGCUUGUUCUUGUAUUGUUGUUUCGUUGUCUGCAAUAUGGAUGAAGUCUUUGUAAUAUUUCUAUUUCUUCAUACAGUUAAGUAAGUUAUUAACGCUGUUAUAUUUUAGUUUUAAAAGCCAUAAUUGUAUAGUAAUAAUCGAUGCCUUGCUCGGUGAUUGUGUCACAUGACCUGCCCUCGAAAGCAUCAAACAUUUCUUCAGCGUUUAGUACUUACAUAAAGUGUAAGUGAAACCUAAAAUUAAAUAACAUUGUUGAAAAGACACCUAAGUACUGAAUUAAAUACGUCACUACAUUAAACACCCGCUAUUGCUUAUGAGCCACGGAGGACUUAACGGGUUGCCGGGACUCCGGCUCGAAGUUCAGGAGUAGGAACGGUGUGCCUCGCCCCACCUGGGCGCCCCACCUGGGCGGGAAAAGACAUAGAAUGAUUUUUCUCCCUAAAAAACCUAUGUGAAAUUCAAUAUACUUGUUUUGUUUGACUUAAUAACAUUUGAUGUGUGGUGUUUUUAAUACUUCAGAGAUAACAUUUAGCCAGUCAGUUUUGUUAAAACAAAAUGAAAAGACGCACACAGAAAAAGAAAUACUUAGGUACCUACCCAUGUACAGAUUUUUGUUGCUAGCUUAUUUAAUAUGUUGAUUUGCGCCGUAUUUAAAAAAAACUGUAUUCAUUUUAACAAUGUUACCUUACCAACCUACUGAAUACUGAAUUCUGUAUAAACUAGUACAUACCAUGUAUAAAUAACAUUUAAUUAAGUUUAAUUAUAGUCUAGUUAUUAUUUAUAUUUUUAUACAUGUGCCUAUACAUACCUAAAUAAGUUAGU